GUACACCUCUUUGACAAUCUCCACUAUUUUGAGUUACACCUUUCAGAAAUCCUGCUGUGCUUUUGUGGUUUCUAAGUUUAUUUGUUAAAUAUUAUAAUUCAUCGGUUAAUUCUACUCUUUUUUUCCAUUCACGUUUUAACAUUUUGCAAAACACCUGACAGCUGCGUUUAUUUUUGUUUGCCUCGUGACUCUAUUUUUUUUACAGUCUAUGCUACAUUGAGGGGAAAUGAAACGUGAAGUGAAGAGACUUUUAUUUUGACAUGAUCUGAUAAGCUGUUGCUGUAGGGCGGUACAGUAAAAACACUCAAAUGUUGCUUUUACCGCGAGCUGUCGGGAUCUUUAAACUCGAUGCAUUACAGCCAACAUGCCCCAGCUCAGUUUAAACGCUGCCACUAAAGUCAUAUCAGGAUAUAUUUUACCUGAAAAGCGCGUUGUACAGUCAGAUCAAGAGGAUGGUUCCGAAGUGGAAGAUGAAGAAGAAGAGGAAAGACAGCCUGAGUUUUUGGACAUGAAUGAGAUGAACUCUGUCUCAUCGGGAGGACAGAUGUUUAAUUUCUCUGUUCCGGCAUCAAAAGAAGUGGAUUUUAUUGCUGGUGGUAUACAAUACCGGGUUGACGGUCGUUUCCCCUUACGUGACCCAUGGUGGUGGAUCUCGUGCACAGUUCGUCAAGGCCAGCGCAAGGUUUUUCUCAAAGGCUUCCCCUCAUACAGUCUCCGCACUGAUAUGACAUCAAAGGAAGGCCAGUCCAUUGUGUCUCAGUUUCUUACAGCUUGUGAUGCCCAACCUGACUUUAUUAACAUGUUUAUGGACUGGUUGCCCAAAGACAGGCACGUAGAUCCUGGUAAUGUGAUAAAUGCACUGCAGGAUUUUGAGACGUCAAAACCAGAACAUAAAGCCAUAGCUGAAGAGCUGAAGUCACGUGUCAAUCGCUCAAAUGCUUGGAAACAUGUGAGAGUUGCCAGCAUGUAUCCUGGUAUCAUGAAGUACUUGCCAACGUUGCUCCCAGCCCAGUUUAUGGCAAUAAUAAACAAAGAAAUAAUGAAGCGCCCACCGGAAACACAAGAGAACAGUAACUCAACUCAGCCUGCACAACAGCAACAAAAUAAUACAGAUGUAUUGGCCAAACUGGAGGAGCUUAUAAAGACUGAUGUUUGGAAGCUGGGAUUCAACUAUAUCAUGUAUAAGGAAUUAGACCUCGUCCGGUGUGAAGCAAAACUGGAUGCCUUUAAGCUCUGUGAUCUGUUCAACACUAUCCCAGAGCUGCAGAGGAAUGCGCUGCUGUUGUACACGCAUAUCAAAGACUACUGCAGAAUCACGGGAAGCACGUACAUUCCGCAAGACAUGCUGGAGGAGAGGAUGGAGCACGUGCUUGUUUGGGAAGCUGUCCAUUUUCUUGAGGAGCUAGGUGUGCUGAAGAGGGAGAGGAAGAAGGUGAUACUUCGAAACUUCUUCGGCUAUGAGAAAGGCAUUGGUGAAUGCCUUAAAUCCCUGGUGGACGGAAAACCCUGGAAAAUCCAAUUGGAUGUCCGAGAGGUUCUUUCCCAGGCUCAGCGGGAAAGAUUGAGGGCCAAGGCUUGUGAAUCUGAUGCGAAAACGUCAUUACCAGAACCAGAGCACGUAGAUCUCGCUGACGUCCAGCUUGGUUCUUCAAACGUAGACCACGAUGGGAUAACGAUGCCGUGUUUAUCAGACUCUGACUCAGAUUCAGAUCAAGCUGUUGUCGAUUUGGACCCCGAUCAGGUGCGGGCGGCAGAAAUGAUGUGCGACAACCCCGUGACGGUGAUCAGUGGAAAGGGGGGUUGUGGAAAGACCACGGUGGUGAGUCUGGUCUUCAAGGCGGCCAUGCAGCAGCAGGCAAGUGACAUGGAAGAGGUUUCGAAAGCUUGUAAGGACUUUCAGAAUGACUCUAGGAAUGGAAUGAUGCUAGACCAAUCCAUGGAAGAGGAAGACAGUAUGGAGGGCGACGGUGAUGACGAAAAGCCAAUAGAAGUUCUCCUCUCGGCUCCUACAGGGAGAGCAGCUUCACUUCUCACUAAGAGAACCAGUUUUACGGCUUACACCAUGCACCAGGUUUUAUGGAGUUUCAUGAAUAGAAAAAAAGAUGAGUUCGGGGAACCCAAAGACUGGAAGUUCUCAAAGGUGCGAGUGCUGGUGGUGGAUGAAGGCAGUCUUGUGUCGGUUCAGAUCCUUCACUCCCUCCUCAACAUGCUUACCAAACAUGCACAACUCCAGAAGUUCAUACUUUUGGGAGAUGUGAGACAGUUGCCAAGCAUUGAUCCUGGAAACACACUGUAUGAUCUGUUUGAGGGUCUCAGGGCGGUCCGCUGGGCCAUCGAGAUGCGGACAAACCAUCGCGCCGAGUCUGAGCUCAUUGUUAGAAACGCUGGACUAAUUUCAGAGAUGGGUAAAAAGAAAUGGUAUAGCCCAUUGGAGUUUGAUGCCAUCAUAAACAUGGCUGAUCCCUCGACAAUCCCAUCUGAUAAAAGGUUUAUUUUUGUCCAGAUCUGUGGGGAAGACUAUAAUACGGGCCUCUGGAAUGCCAUAAAAUUUUUACUUGAGAAAGGUCCUGGACUUAAAGAUCAUAAAACAUCACAGUUUGUGGCUUUUAGGAGGAAAGACUGUCAGUUGAUCAAUGAGCUUUGCUGCACACAUUAUUCCAGUCAUGUUACAAAGACUCACAAAAACACAUUAGACUUUCGAGUGGGCGAUAAAGUUUGCUGCACAAAGAACGGCUACAUCUCUGAAAAAGACUCAAAAACGACACAAAAUGACUCUUUGCUUGAUGCAGCUGGAGCUUCUCAUCAUGGCUCUCAAAGUUCUCGUAACACUCUCGAAGCCUCCUUCAAUGCUACUGGAUCUUCACGCAAUAUUUCAGAAUCCCAGAAAAAUGACAAGUCUGAAGUGAAAAAAGAACGACUGUGCAAUGGCGAAAUUUUCUUCAUUAAAGAGGAUUUGACAGAGGAGGACACGGGACAAAAGCCCAAAAAGAGACGAUAUCUUACACUAGAUGAUGAAAAUGGGCGGAUAAUUACUGCCUGCUUCAAGGACCUUCAGAGAGAGUGUAAACUGCGCCACGCUUGGGCAAGAACCAUACAUACCUUUCAGGGCUCAGAAGCAGAAACUAUUGUGUACGUUCUUGGAGAUUGCAAGGGUCAAAACUGGCAACAUGUUUACACGGCUGUGACUCGGGGUCAGAAGCGUGUUUAUGUGGUGGGUAAAGAGGUCGACAUAAUAAAUGCCAUCAAGAAACGGAUCACUACUCGUAAGACGCGAUUGUGCAGCCUUGUCAAGACAGCGGUCACCCCACCAGCCCCAGGUGCUGAAGAGACCCUGACGCAGUCAGGGAUUAGUCAAAGUCCAGUGGUGACCCAAAAUUUUGGACCUUCACAGUCCACACCAACUCUGCACACCCCCAGCUUCUCCCAGGCGUUCUGUAGCACCACCAGACCUUCAUGCGUGGGACACCUCUACAAAAACAUUGAAGCACCUGAUACGUCAUUAAAAGAGGACAUGGCCUUCAGUCAAACAUAUUCUUGGUCACCCAUGUACACUUGUGAUGAGUCAACUACAACACAGAAUGAAAAUGUGUCUAAAUUAUCUGAUUGUGUUGAAAAUGCAGCAUUAGGAGCGAUCAGCUCUUCCCCAAUUGAAAGCAGCAGGUCAUCUAAACGCCUGGGGCUAGCAGACGACUGUAGCACACCGAAAAAACUAGCAAAGCAAACCACUUCAGAAGAGUCUCCAUCAUGCAGCACGAGGAUGAAGCUUCUCUCUAUCGCAAGUCCCAGCCCAAAAUCCCACGGCAGGCAGCUCUUCUCAGAAAGUUCUUCUCAAAGUGAACAGCCAUAGCCUUUGCUACAUACAAAAGAUGAAAAAGCCAAACAGAAUAGGUUGUGCUCGCAUUUUCUUCAAAAGAUAUAUUUCACAUAAUGUGGGUUUCCAAAUAAUUAUGCAUGUAGCUGCUUUAAUAAUUGUAAAUUAUGAAUAAUUUGAUAGUUUUCAAAGAAUAGAGUGUUCCGACAUGUUAUUUUGAUCUUUGCAUUGAAACAACUUGUAAAAUCUUUUAUCGUUUUUUUGUAAAAUACUGCACAGAUUUUAAAAAUUAGGUGCUCCAAUCUACUGCAUCCAUUUAUUUUCUACUGCUCAGCCAUUUUUGCAUCUAACAAAUUGUAAAUUGUGGUAUAAUAGAAAAAUUGUAGAUAUAUAUUGUGGUUCUGUUCUUUAAUUAUUAUCAAAGUCUAAUGUCUAACUCAGAUAAAGAAUAUCAUUGUGUAACACCGCUCUGUUUAAGGUUGUAUUGUACUCUGGCGUCUAAAUAAAUCUGGACAUUUUUAUCACAUGUACAAAA